CACAGUUAGCUAACACGAGAGCAUCGAGCUCGCGAGGCUAAAACUGUCAACCAAAGACAGAUUUAACUAUUAUAUGACAUCAUUUUAACGUCGCGGGACGACAUGCUGUGACUGGUCGGUGUCCUCCAGCUGCAGCAACAAUGUUGCCCUCGACCAGCAGCUUGGUCCGGUCUGCUGUCCGGCUGCUGCCGCGGAGAAGCUGGAGCCGAGGAUGUAUUUGGUGCCCGUGCAGAAACAUUUCUGUGAAACCCGGAGAUUUAAAACCAAAGACGGUUCCACCUCGGUACCUGGGCCAGCCCAGCCCUUUCACUCAUCCACACCUCCUCAAACAUGGUGAGGUGACCCCAGGCCUCAGCCAGACCGAGUACGAGCUCCGCAGACACCGGCUGGCCUCACUUAUCGAGGCCCAGUCAGACCGGCUGGGACCCUCCACCCCCUCCAGCACCCAUGUGGUCGUCGUUUUGUCCCAUCCGACCCGCUACAUGACCAACGACAUCCCUUAUCCCUUCCACCAGAACCAGGAUUUUCUCUACCUCAGUGGCAUCCUCGAGCCUGACAGCGCCCUGGUCCUUUAUGGCAAAAGGCGACCAGACCAGGCCAUCUUGUUCGUUCCCCGCAGAGACCCUGGGAGAGAGCUGUGGGACGGGCCCCGGUCAGGAAAGGACGGGGCGGCUGCUCUGACCGGCAUAGAGAGAGUUCAUAGCACAGAAGAACUGGGUCUUGUGCUUAAGAGCCUUAAAGGUAAUGUGCUGUGGUACGACAGCUCUCAGCCAGCCCACCCUCGCCUCCACCAGGCUCACGUGGGUCCCGUGUUGGAGGCGGGGCCGAUGCCGCACUCUGUCAGGCCCCUCAUACACUCUCUUCGGGCCCUCAAGAGCUCAGCAGAGGUGGCGCUCAUGCAGGAGGCAGGUCACAUCACAGCACAGGCAUUUAGGAGGACGAUGGCUCUGUCCCAAGGAGACGUGGAUGAAGCUGUGCUCUUUGCUAAGUUUGAUUUUGAGAAUCGGAUCCAUGGCGCCAACUUCCUGGCCUAUCCCCCUGUUGUUGCUGGAGGGAACCGAGCCAAUACUCUGCACUACAUAAACAACAACCAGAUUAUCAAGGAUGGUGAAAUGGUGCUGCUUGAUGGUGGUUGUGAAUACUUUGGGUACGUCAGUGACAUCACUCGAACUUGGCCAGUGAAUGGAAAGUUCAGCCCUGCACAGGCUGAGCUGUACGAAGCCGUCCUGGAGGUCCAGCGCUCCUGUUUGUCUCUGUGCUCCCCGGGUGUCAGUCUGGAUCACAUCUACAGCACCAUGCUGGCUCUGUUGGGACGACAGCUCCGGCAGCUGGGCGUCAUCAAGUCCAGCACCACUGAUGCUGAUGCACUGAAGGCUGCACGGCGGUUCUGCCCCCACCACGUUGGCCAUUACCUGGGCAUGGACGUCCACGACACUCCUGAGCUGUCCCGCUCACAGCCUCUACAGCCAGGGAUGGCCAUCACCAUCGAACCAGGUUUGUACAUAUGCGAAGACAAUGUCCAGGUGCCGGAGCGUUUCCGCGGCCUGGGCGUCAGGAUAGAGGACGAUGUGGUCAUCCGGGACAAGGGAGGCCCUCUGAUUCUGUCCUGUGGUGCACCAAAGACCAUCGCUGAUGUAGAGAAGGCCUGCGCCCAGAGAUAGGACAGGGAGAGACAGACGAGUGACCAGUGGAGCAUCGAUGGCAGGCAGUGUGCUGUGACAUCAUCAGGCUGAGGGCCCAGGUACAUGAAAGGUGGGAGCACACAGAAAGACUCUGGUUUUAGUCUCAGCGAGGCCUCAAAAAUGUAGAAAUCUGGCGUUAAAGAUCAUAGAUUUUGUGGACACUGUUUAUGUCUACCUAAAUAUUUAAAGAAACUUUCAUGUUUGUUGUCUUCAUCAGUGAAUAAUUAUGAAGAGCUCAUCAAGAGGUGGGUUCAGUUGAGCGUGAAGGGGUUAUGGUUUAGUUUUGGAGCACCGCAACUGAUGUAGUCCUCAAAAAUUUAUUUAAACAUCAGGGUUACAACAAAACCACACGGAGACCAAUCUUGAUCAUGCAUAAUAUAUCCAUCUAGUGUUGUGAUGGUGCUAUCAGUGUAUGAAAUCUGAUGCUGAACUAUAAAUAAAAAGCCACGAAACAACAGUUAACCCUUUGAAACCUAGGCAAACUGGCUUAAUAUCUUUCAAAAACAUGGGAAAACGGCAGUGAGCAACUUCAGAGGAAAUGGCCCAGAAAUAAGCGAGAUUUUUGUAAAAUAAAUAAAUAAAAAUUACUUAAAAAUGAGCACUAAAUAAAUC